CUCUGUGUUUUGCUCUUAUGCUCUCCUUUGAUUCGCUACUGUGUUUACCCGAUAUAAUGUACGUGUGUGAUUCGUUUGCUGUUCGCUGUUUGCUGUUUGCGCAGCGACUCGCGAACACUCAAAGGUCUUCACCGGAAUCGAGGAAGGGGUGCUGGAGCUCCUGGGCGAUGGUGAUGUGGUGAUGGCGGAGAAUCCAUUGCUUUGGCUGUCAGUGGCGUAUCGCAUCGGGUGAGGAGGGGGCGAGUGCUCAUUCAGUUCAGUUUCAGUCGUUUGUAGUCGAUAUUAGGAGUCGGUAAAUCCUCUAUUCUAAAUUAUUGUAGUCGUAUCGGCAAAUGCCCAGAUAAAUCGCCCUCUGGAUCUUAUUGACACACUAGCAACCACCGACGGUCCACCAUUGAUUAGCGAGCUUGAUUUCCGAGGUCCAGCUUGAUUUCCGCGGAACAUUUCAACCAGAAGGAUACGCGGAAUAACAAGGGGGAGUGGGAGGAAUCAUGUCGAGAGAUCUGCCCUACGUCCAGUUCGGAGAUCGCGGCGACGGCCUUCAGAUGCACGGAAAUGGGAAUGGUGACGGAGGUGCCAAUGGGAACGGAAAUGGACACAUCCAUUCGCUGGAGAGACGCCACCGGUUCCCGGAUCGAGUGAGAGAGCAGGAGCGAAGCCGCGAGCGCAGCCGAGAGCGGAGUCCGGAGAGGAUCAGGCUUCCGGACGGAGACGAGCACUCCGAACGCCUGGCGGCCGCGGCCAAGAAUGCCAUUCCGGCAGUCCUUCGACUUGUCAAGGAACUCCAGGUAAUGGAGACCGAUCCGCCGGAGAACACUUGGGCGCGGCCCAAGUCGCUGAGCAACCUGCUCAAGUGGCGGGCCAAGAUCCGCGGACCCGAGGGCAGUCCCUACGAGGGCGGGAUCUUCGAGCUGGCCCUCCGCUUCCCGGAGGCCUAUCCGUUCGAGGCGCCCAUCGUGCGCUUCACCACCCCCCUCUACCACUGCAACGUGAACGGACUGGGCUACAUCUGCGUGGACGUCCUGGACGAGAAGCUCUGCUGGUCGCCGGGCCUCACGGUGGACAAGCUGCUGCUGUCGCUGUCGGCGCUCCUCAACGACGCCGAUCCGCUGACCGCCUUCAACGCCGAGGCCGCCGGACUGUUCCUGCAGGACCGCGAGCGGUACGACCGGAUCGCCCGCUCCUGGACCGAGCGGCAUGCCAUGGACGUGCCGUGGGAUUGAGAUCCGGCGUCCGGUGGCCUGGAGCCGGAACAGCUUUGGACAAGGUUGCGAUUGUGAUGCAGAUAGCAUUUUGGAAUAAACAUGAUGGUGGUGUCCUCUGUUCAAA